GUACCGUGCCUAGCGUACCUGCCCCCCCCCCGCCGCCAUUCGACCCGACCGCACCGCACCUUCCUUACCUCUGGUCACAGGUGCUGCCCGCCGAAUAAUAAGUUGGGACAGCCCUCAUACAUUAAGCGCCCAUUCUGAGCCCCUCAACUCUCCCUUGACUCUUGAAUUUCUGCUAUUUACCACGAAUAUCCCCUAUACUGUUUUCUAUUCCCGAUCAUUCCGCUCUUACGUAUCUACCUAUUACUCUAAAUUCCAAUCUGCUGUGGUACUUUGCCCUGCAACGACAAUCAUGUCGUUGAAACAGGAAAUCGAGACCUGGGUGGCAGCCCUGGGCCGUUACGAUAAUAAUGAAUUUGAAGAGGCUCUCAACGAGUUUGGAAAAAUUGGCGACACUAGCAAGAUCCUCUUCAACAUGGGCGUGAUCCAUGCCACACUCGGCGAGCACGAGAAAGCUGUAUGCAAACCUUUGCAGACUAUACAAUUUAACAAUACUAAUUGCUUGCCUAGGUUGAGAGCUACCAACGAGCCAUUCGACUUGACCAAUACCUCGCCGUUGCCUACUUUCAGCAAGGCGUCUCGAAUUUCCUCCUCGGCGACUUCGAAGAAGCCCUCGCCAACUUCAACGACACACUCCUUUACCUCCGUGGCAAUGCCAUGAUCGACUACGCUCAGCUCGGUCUUCUAUUCAAACUCUACUCCUGCGAGGUGCUUUUCAACCGAGGUCUUUGCUACAUCUACUUGCAGCAGAUGGAGGCUGGUAUGCAGGAUUUCUCGUAUGCUGUGAAGGAGAAGGUGGUGGAAGAUCACAAUGUUAUUGAUGAUGCUAUAAGAGAACAGGCAGAGGGUUAUACUGUCUUCUCAAUUCCUGUCGGAGUUGUCUACAGACCCAACGAAGCCAAAGUUCGAAACCUCAAAACAAAAGAUUAUCUUGGCAAAGCCAGACUUGUGGCAGCUUCAGAUCGUGCAAAUGCCUUCACUGGAUUUGCAGGUUCCGAAAUCAAGAACGCUGGUAAGCUAGAGGUCAAGGAUGACCGGCCUGCCGACAAUAUUUCCUUCGCCGCUACAAAUCUCGUCAAACCUGGUCUUUCGUCUCGGAGACAACAAUCAGAACCUCCGAACAACCGAAAUGUAUUUCCGCCAACACCUCCACCCGAGAACGAGCGCCCAUCUCGUGCUGCUUCUGUUCGCGGUGGGAAGCCUCAGUUGGCUAAACUCAACAUACAGCAGGCCGAGCCAAACCGCCGGUACGAGAAGGCAACUUCACCACCAGAUAGCCGUUCUCGGCCCAUGCCCGCAAGAUCAGCAUCUGCUGCUAGUUCUAGAAUGAUGCAGAGGGAGCCUCAACCUCUCCAGUUAAGACCCCGGCAGAUCCCAGAAGAGACAGGGUCACCAGAGGAUGUCUAUGCUAUGUACCAGGGAGGCGAUCCUUACCGAAACUCAAGAGGGUCUACCGGCAGUCGGCGCCAGAGACAGCCACAGUAUUCUGAAGAGGAAGACGGAUCAGAUUAUGAUGGCACCAUCAACGAGAACGACUUCGAGAUGAUCGGUCAACGCCGAGGUCCAGGCUCUGUUUCAGGUCAACGUGGUAACCGACGACCAGAGAUCACAAAGAUCCGUGUCAAGGUCCACGCUGAUGAAGUCAAACUCAUCAUGAUCGCUCCUGAUAUCAAAUACGAAACGCUAGCCGACAAGGUUCGCGAUAAGUUUAGUAUUAGGCGACGAUUUAAGAUUAAGGUUAAGGACGAAGACAUGCCCAAUGGGGACAUGAUUACAGUGGGCGACCAGGAUGACCUGGAGAUGGUGAUUGAUAGUGUCAAGGAGGAAGCAAAGAAACAACGAGCAGAGACUGGCAAGAUGGAGAUUUGGAUCUUUCAACUUUAGACAUAUACCCUGACAGCGCGCAUUUGCAUUUUGGAUAUUUACGAAUUUCUAUCACGAAGCAGUGGCUUGUGAGUUAACCAAGAAAUCCCCAGAAAAGACCCUUUUCUGUUCUUGGAUUUUUAUCAUUAUCUUAAUCUUGUACUUUUCAAAGCAUGUCAAAAUAGUCAGCAUAUCAAGGGUCUUGAAGUUAGAUGGCAGGCAGCCGGAGUCCGGGGUAUUUGAUUUCUACCCAUCUAAUCACUCAUACGGAGGGAAGCAGAGAAAAGAACAGGGCGAGACCCAAGGGUUCGCAUUCAACCUCAAUCAUGACGUUAUGACAACACCACAUUCGAUAGUCCAUCGUGAAGCAAGUUAGUUGAUCGUGAAUAGGGGUUGGUAGUAAUUACCCCAGCCAUGCCAGUCAUUGAAUCUGCACAUAAUUUUACAGCUACUCAUACAACACAUC